CCGCCACUUACCGAAAUUUCCUCGCUCUCAAGAGCGACGGGAGGCCCGUGGACUAUUUCGCAAGUUGCCGCCAUUCCCCGUAGGCUAGAGACUGAUCCAUGACCUCGAAAUCUUGUCCCGCCCGUUCGAUUAACGUGAUCGCUAUUAUUCUCCGUCGCGUUAUGAACGUGUUUCCCAAGGCUGUCUCCGAUGUGCACGCUAGGUCCUGCAUUCGGCAUAACUCUAUUUGCAUUUGCCCCGACGCUUGUGAUUACAAUUCGACAAGUGCCGCAUAGGGCGUUGUGAACGUAAAACGUGAGUGCCAGGGCUGUGGACCAUGCACUGUCACCGCACGCACUACAGUAUUGGAUGCCCAGGGGAGACAACAGCGUACCAGUCCGACAGAUUAAACCCUGAUACCGAGGUCCCCUCCUCAUCCCGGCACUUUUUCCCUCCAUGUCAAGUCGCAAGGUUUGGUACGUCUUACGACCAAGCAUUUCGAGGGUCGUGAUGCUUAAUUUUACGUUUGGAUAUGUUCUCGGACGAACUUUGGUGCAUGGAAAGCCCGAUAAUGUCCCUCUGGCUGGGCGGGCCGUCGAAAGAUCGUUCGUUCUCUCUCCUCGCUUCGCGGACGACGGUCGUGCCACAAUUGUUCGUAUGCCGGGUUAUCACGGCCGCGUCUCCUCUAUCCAUCUCCGAGGCCGCUUCUCGACGACGGUCCGUCCCCUCGUUACGCGUCCCUGCCCCACCCCUUCCUCCUCCGCAAAGCGCUUCGUGCUGCUCCGAGCCGGGCAAGGCAGCACGUCAGAACCCGCGACGGUUAGCACCGAGACGGCGGCGGUGACUGUGAAGAGUGCUGAAAGGAAUGUUCGCCGCUGGCGGUGUGAGAGCCGUAGUGCUUGUACGAAUGCCAUGGUGUGUGGGUGUGUUUCCUGCAGCGGCAGGUGCCUCAGUCCAGCGCAUGCCGUCGAAUCACAGUGUAUGGGUUACUCACAAGGACUUAAUGUAUCAUAGCAGCCUUUCAAUGGCUUUCUGUAGUUUAACGCGAUGAACCAGGACCCCUACGUCGCGUCGAUGCCGCAACAGGCGAGAAUUGAGUGAAGUACGAGAGUAAUGAACCCAUCAUG